AUGUCCGAAUCAUUGGCCAAGCUCGAAAGCAAGCUCGAGGACGAAGGGUCCUUCCUCGAAGCCGGCCAGGUCCAGAAGCGCAACCUGCUGGAGGGCGUGCCCUGGGACCAUCAUGUCCUCCACUGUUCGGCCUCGCGCGACAUCCAGCCGGACGGCACCGUCGCCCCCCAGCACUUCGCCUGGUCGACCCUCCGCCGCCUCGAGGCCCUGAUGGCCGCCAUGCGACGCCAGACCUACCCUCGCAACUGCAACCAGUUCAUCGUGAUCGAGGGACUCACGGCCCACGACAAGAGCCUGCUGGCGAGCAACCUCCUGCCGGGCGACUGCCGCGUCAUGUACGAGGGCACCACCGGGCUGGUGAAGGUCCUCUCCACGGCGUCGCAGGUCAUCGCCCCGAAGCUGUUCCUCCAAGAGAUCCUCCGCCAGCCGCUCCAUCAUGGAUGCGCCAACGCCGCAGCAGGCCGGGCGCUCUCCGACGCGGCCUUCCAGCCGACUGCCGACUCGGUCAAGCAUCCCGACCUGUGCUGGUACCCGGCCAGUCGCAUCUCGCACGGCCACCCGGUCCCCGGCCAGUGGCCCACCCUGGUGAUCGAGGCCGGGCUCGAGGGCUGCCGCAAGAAACUGCAGCACGAGGUGCGGUGGUGGUUUGCGCACUCGCGUGGGGGGGUCCGGACCGUGCUGCUGCUGUUGGUCGACGAGCCCACGCAGGAUCUCCAUGUGGAGCAGUGGCAGCUCGCGCAGCCCGAUGCCCAGGGCCCUCGCGUCCCCGAGGCCGAUCGGUUCCACGCCCUCGCCGCCAUGCCCCCCCUCGCCAGGCAGUCGCCGCUCGACCAGAAGCCGUACUGUGCCCGUCGCAUCACCAUCGGCAAGACCCGCGCGUACGGGGAGCCGCUUCGCUUCUAUACCCAGGCGCUGUUUGAUGUCGAUCCGAUGAUGUGCGGCCUUCCUCCUGACUUUGUGGUGGAUCGUCAGGAUUUGGUCGAUUGUGUCAAGCGGGUCUUUGGACGGGAGGUUGAGGAGUAGAC